AUUUUUGUCACGCGUCCCAUAACGUUGAUGUGUCGUCAGAUGGCGCAAUGAGCAGCUGCACUUCUAUAAAAGGCAGCACUCAGCUAUCAUAUAACCCCUGUUACCCAGUGAAACAACUGCGCCCCGCUGUCCAGAAGCAGCAAUAUCGGUCGAGUCCACGUCAACUAUGUCCGUCCAGGCAUGCUCGCUGUGUUUUCGAGAGAGAUCACCACAACAGCUGAUGCGCUGUUCAAGGUGUAAGAACUCCGUCUACUGCUCUAGUAUCUGCCAGUCGACCGACUGGCCCACUCACAAGUCGCGAUGUUCCCCCACCGCACAACCCACCCCUUCCCUGCGUCGCGUGCCGCCGCCACAUGCGAUAACUGGCGUCACCAUUGCUUGUAACGCUGAAAGAGCACAGGGUGCUCCUGCCCUCCAGACAACUAUCGUCCAGCCCUCCCACCCAAUAUACCUCUGUGGCCUCCCUAGCCCUAUAUCCCAGUCUUUCGGUUUCCCCAUCCUCAUAUACCGCCACAUGACGGAUGACCCUACCAAGAUGAUCCGCCAUCCAAGCUUGGACAAUCAGAUGGCUAUGCAUCUACUCUGUCAACCUAGUACGGGCAGCCCAGACUCAAGGUGGAAGAGAGCAGGUUGCAUGGGAACGGUCACCGUCAUCCGCCAAGACGGCCAGCCUCUCACAUGCGAAGCUCUGGAAACCACCCUGAUGUACGUUGACCACAUACUCGACCUUUUGCGCGACGGUAUAUCACCCUGGCAUCAAUUAAAUCCCGUUAGUUUUCAAACCUUCUGUCAACGAUAUAAAGACGAGCGGGUGAACAGUGGUUAUGGUUAUUUCGACAUGAUGCGUGUUCCCCUUUGAUUCAUGCUUUCGUCAGCGUUUUGCGUUUGCUUGUUGUGGCUUUUAGUGAUUAUUGAUUGCAAGCUUGUAAUAUAUGCAAUGCUCAGAUUAAUCUAAUGCGAUCGUGUUC